UGAGGAGGAGCUAUGCGGCUUCUGGCCGUGCUUGGGUCUCUUUUUAGAGAUUCCUCCUUGAUGCGUCGGUAUCCGCUCUUGGCCGCCAUUCUUGCCGAAGAGCUUAUCCUUGGCGCAGUCUCGGUAGCCGCCAUUAGAUGGCAAUCGAGAGCCAGCAUGAAGUCGCGGCAGCCCAAGCGGGUGGGAUAGCGGUAUUAAGUAGCGGACUUUUUGCGAAAACUCUCAGGGCCGCUUGGAGUUAUAGCAAGUCGCUGGUGGCGCGCCUGGACUACGGACGCCUGAUGGGACUGGAUGGACGCUCUUGGAAGCGCACACGGGGGGAAGAAGAGUCCCGCCAGCGAAUCUCGCAGUUCUGAGUCCCGAAAGAAUCAAGUGGAGGCGGUUUUCUGAAGAGACACGGGCUGCGCUCUGCUUCUUAGUUCUCAGAGAAAGGUUUCUCACCUCUUGUCCUCCUUUUAUGGAGAAGGGCCAUACAGGGCGAUGAAGUAGCUACAGCAAUAGCCCCAGGAAGAUGCUGCGGUUGCCAACAGUUCUUCAUCUGCUGCUCUGGCUGGCAAUGGGACUGGAAAGUAGAAGCACAGAAAUGUGCCCGUCAUCCCAGUGUGACUGCUCAGAUUGGCACCACUAUAAGAUCACCUGCACAGAGAUCGAUUCCAUCCCCAGCUUCCCACGAAGCACCCAGACUUUGAGAUUUAUAGAAACUCAACUGAAAAUAAUCCCUCAUGGAGCAUUCUCCAAUCUCCCCAACAUCUCCAAGAUCUUUAUCACCAUAGAUGCAAUGCUGCAGAUGCUGGGUGCUUACUCUUUCAACCAUUUAAACAAACUCACUCAUAUAGAAGUUCGAAACGCCAGAAACCUGGGUUACAUAGAUCCUCAAGCCUUUGUGAACCUCCCACUGCUCAAAUCUCUUGUGAUCUUGAACACUGGACUCAAAGUUUUUCCUGACCUCACCAGAAUUAACUCAGCAGAUCUGAAUUUCCUGCUCGAAAUUGCGGAUAAUCCAUUCAUGAGUUCACUGCCUGCGAAUGCAUUCGAUGGGCUGUGCAAUGAAUCCCUUAUACUGAAACUCUAUAAUAAUGGUUUCACAAAGAUACAAGCACAUGCAUUCAAUGGAACAAAGUUAGAUACUGUGUACCUGCAUAAGAACAAAUAUCUAAGGGUCAUUGAUGAAGAUGCAUUUUUGGGUGUGCAGAGUGGUCCAAGCUUUCUUGAUGUCUCCCAGACGGGUAUUGCUACCCUUCCGGUAAGAGGACUGGAAAACCUUAAAGAACUGAUGGCUAAAAAUACAUGGACUCUCAAGAAGUUUCCCCCUGUAAAGACUUUUCCUUAUCUAAUUCGAGCCGCUCUGUCAUACCCAAGUCACUGCUGUGCUUUCAAAAACUGGAAGAAAACCAAAGGAAUUUUGGAGUCCUUGCUGUGCAAUCGCACUAACAAUCACAACAUCCGAAAGAGAAGAUCUGUUGGUGCCCUUAGAGGGUCUUUUAACCAAGAUUAUGCAGAUGAUUCCUAUCGUACUGAUGCCGUGUAUGACGAUAAUUCCAAAAUAAGAGAUUUCCAUGGAAAUUCUCGUCACUUUGUCUUUUUUGAAGAGCAGGAUGACCAAGAGGUUGGGUUUGGCCAAGAGCUAAAAAAUCCUCAAGAAGAUAAUAUCGCAGCAUUCGACAGCCAUUAUGACUACUUCAUCUGUGAGGGUAGUGAUGAUAUUGCAUGUAUCCCAGAACCUGAUGAAUUUAACCCCUGUGAAGACAUAAUGGGCUACAAAUUUCUAAGGAUUGUGGUAUGGUUUGUGAAUUUACUAGCCAUUCUGGGCAAUGCUUUUGUUCUUUUUAUUCUUCUCACCAGCCAUUACAAGCUGACUGUCCCACGAUUCUUAAUGUGUAAUUUGGCCUUUGCUGAUUUCUGCAUGGGAUUAUAUCUUCUCCUGAUUGCUUCGGUGGAUCUUUAUACUAAGUCAGAGUACUAUAACCAUGCCAUUGAUUGGCAGACUGGAAGUGGCUGUAGCACAGCUGGCUUUUUCACUGUCUUUGCAAGUGAGCUGUCUGUUUUUACCUUGACUGCAAUCACCCUGGAGCGCUGGUACGCCAUCACAUUUGCCAUGCGAUUGGACAAGAAAAUCCAUCUCUGGCAUGCUUCUGUUAUCAUGUUGGGUGGUUGGUUCAUAUGUUUUCUUCUUGCCCUUUUGCCAUUGGUUGGAGUCAGCAGCUAUAGAAAAGUCAGCAUCUGUCUUCCCAUGGAUACCGAAACACCCAUGGAUCAAGCAUACAUUGUGCUUGUUUUAAUGUUGAACAUCAUUGCUUUCAUCAUCAUUUGCGCCUGUUAUAUAAAAAUCUAUAUCACUGUACGAAACCCCCAGUACAAGUCAGGGGACAAAGACACCAUCAUUGCCAAAAGGAUGGCUGUGCUGAUUUUUACUGACUUCUUAUGCAUGGCGCCAAUCUCAUUCUAUGCGUUAUCAGCUAUUAUGAACAAACCAUUGAUAACAGUCAGUAAUUCAAAAAUCCUUCUCGUCCUCUUCUACCCACUCAAUUCUUGUGCUAACCCAUUCCUUUAUGCCAUCUUUACCAAAGCGUUCCGAAGGGAUGUCUUUAUUUUGCUCAGCAAGUUUGGAUUAUGUGAGCAUCAGGCUCAAGUUUACAGGGGACAGACCAUCUCCCCCAAAAACAGCAGUGGUUCUUGCAGCCAGAAGAGCCAUAGAGGGAUAGGUCAGAAUCUCACGAACCUUCAACAGCAUCAUCAUGGCUUACCUGGAGACUACCAUCCAGCAAUGAUGCUGCAUACUCAGAGGACCAUGGAAGACAAUAAGUUGACUGUAUUGUAGCACCUGAAGAUCAAACUGCAUUCAGACAAUAAGAGGCAUCAAAUCCAUAAGAUGAGAGAAGCAUAUCCUUUCACUCAGCUUCAGCCCUUUGUGAGAUGGAUUUUGAUUCCUCAUGAGGUUUUUGUCUGAUUCUCUGAAUCUUGUACUAUAGUUGGUGCCACUUUUGAUACUAGAAGCUUACAUGAAAGCAUGGUAUUAAGAAAUACACUGGUCAUUCAUAUACUAUUGGAGGGGUUCCCAAUCUGUGGUACUCCAGAUUAUGCUGAACUAAAACUCCCAUCAUCCCCAGCUACAAUUUAUUGUGGCUGGAGAUGAUGGGAGUUGUAAUUCAGCAACAUCUGGAGUAUCGCAGGUUAGUAACUCCUGCACUAUUUUAUCUACCAUACACAUGCUAAAGAAUACUGUGUGAUAAAUGUUUGCAUCCAGCAACCUGGGUUUCAUGCUGUUCCAGAGAGUUGCAAACUCAGAAGUAGGUUUUCCCUUCACCCCAUCAGUCAGACAGACACACACACACACACAAUCUGCUUUCCUCAGCCCCUCCCCAACACGUGCUGUUCAUCUGUUUGGUUUACGGGGUAAAAAGGACAAUUGCGAGUUAAAUAAGGUUUGUUUAAUUAAAUUUAUGUCUGAAGAUAUAAAUUCCAAAUGGGUUUGGUCCGAACACAGAAAGAAGGCCACAGUACUGGAUGUCCUGUAGAUUAUUUAAAGAGCUUCAUCCAGUUAAAAAUAAAUGAAUUAAGAGAUUUGUCAG